AGUGAGCUCCUCGGACGCACGACAACACACCAACUGAAGUGGAAAGCGGCUCCUGUUCUUCUCUUUAUCCCACUUCGGGCGGUGCGUACAAGGCGGUCAGGCUUCAGACUGCUGCAGGACUGAAUCAAAAGCAAAAGCUAAGAAGAUAAUCGCCUUUGCCUUUUACCUCUGCUGUUAUUAUUAUUAUUACUAUUUUGGUUUCUUUAUGCCACCAAUUUAGUACCCGACUUGGUAUUUUUGAAGGUGGAAAAGCAACAGGGAUUUUGUUUCUUGUCUCGAAGAUUAAAUUAACUAAUGACGGCAGAGGUCCAGCAGCCCCCAGCACAGACUCCUGCCCAGAGCAGCCCGAUGUCUGCUCCGGAGAAGCCGCACGGACAGACGGUGGUGAUGGAAACUGCUUCCUCCACUACGAAAACCAAAAAGACAAACGCAGGGAUCCGACGACCAGAGAAACCACCUUAUUCCUACAUCGCUUUAAUAGUUAUGGCUAUCCAGAGUUCUCCAACAAAACGCCUGACGCUCAGUGAAAUCUACCAAUUUUUACAGAGUCGCUUCCCGUUUUUCAGGGGCUCGUACCAGGGAUGGAAGAACUCGGUGCGUCACAACUUGUCCCUGAACGAGUGCUUUAUUAAGUUACCCAAAGGCCUCGGUAGGCCAGGGAAAGGCCACUACUGGACUAUCGACCCGGCUAGUGAGUUUAUGUUCGAGGAAGGCUCCUUCAGAAGGAGACCCAGGGGUUUUAGGCGCAAGUGCCAGGCGCUGAAGCCCAUGUACAGCAUGAUGAACGGCCUGGGAUUCAACCACAUCCCCGAGUCUUACAACUUCCAAGGGAGCGGCGGGGGCCUAUCCUGUCCGCCCAACAGUUUGUCUCUGGACAGUGGGAUUGGGAUGAUGAAUGGACACUUGGCAGGUAACAUGGAUGGGAUGGGUCUGUCCGGACACUCCAUGUCACACUUGUCGACCAACAGUGGACAUUCCUACAUGGGAAGUUGUACAGGAUCCACUGGGAGUGAUUAUCCCCACCACGACAAUUCCGCCUCCCCUCUGCUCACCAGCGGAGGAGUCAUGGAGCCUCAUCCCGUCUACUCGAGUUCAGCCUCUGCGUGGGCUCCGGCCCCUUCGGCCUCAUUGAAUAACGGGGCUUCCUACAUCAAGCAACAGCCUCUGUCUCCUUGUAAUCCAGGGGCGAACCCGCUGCAGCCAAGCUUGCCCACACACUCACUAGACCAACCAUACCUGCACCAGAAUGGCCACAGCACCACAGAUUUACAAGGUAUUCCUCGGUACCAUUCCCAGUCUCCCAGCAUGUGUGACCGAAAGGAGUUCGUCUUCUCGUUCAACGCCAUGACUUCCUCAGCCAUGCACUCACCGGGCAGCAGCUCCUACUAUCACCACCAGCAGGUCUCCUACCAGGACAUCAAGCCCUGCGUGAUGUGAUGCCCUCCACGGACAAUUUAGAGACUAGAGGACGGUAUCACAGACUUGAGCCACGAAGCAAAAUGACCUGAAACGAAUAAAGAAUAAGUAAACCACCACUGAGAGGCAUGCCCCAGUCCUGGAGAGUGCUCACUGCUUCAAGUAGACCGGACUACUUCUGUGUAUUGCUACACACAGCGACAGAGACACGGAGACAGGCCAAUUAGAAAGCAACCACAUAAUAAUAUAUAAUAAUUAUUAAAAAAAAAAAAAAAAAAAAAAGAAUGAAAGAAAAAAAAAGAACUUUUUCGUGCCAUCAUCAUCGACCUGCGGGGUAAAGAGUGGGCGUAAGAAACCCUGCUGCUGUUUGGUACUUAGUCCUGCAGAGCAGAUGACUACCACUUCACACUUUUGUUCUUGUGUAUUCAUCUUGUUAAAGUAGGCCAAUGUUUAGAAAAAAAAAAGAAGAAAAAAAAGAAAAAAGAAAAAAAAUGCACACAUUUUCUCCGUCUCAUGUUUUUUUACCUUACUUUUCUUUGACAUUUAGACUGAGGGUUUUUUUUUUGUUGUUUGUUUUUUGGACUUUCAUACCAAUGUUAAAUUCUGAAAUGAACAAAUAUGGACGUUACAUAAUCUGUAUAAUGUAUGUCCAUAUACUGUAUACUGUGUAAAAACGAUGACGGCACUUUUUGAAUAACCUAUAAGCGCAACUCUUCUUUUUUUAAUUUAUUCUCUAGGCCUAUAUUUUAAUUUCAGGCGAAAUGGCCAAGGAGUUAUAUCCUUUAUUGGCAAUAUUUGUCAGAAUGCUUAUUUGUUUAAAAAUGAAAAUUGAGGAUAUAUUGUAAGCACUGUUACGUCUUUUGUGUCAGAUGUAUGUAGUCCCUUACUUUCAGCACUGUAUACACAUUGGUAGAAAAAAAAAAACCCCAAGGGGGUCCAUCAGCGAGGGUUUGUCUUGAAACUAUAUUCCAACAAAUCCUUAAGAAAUAAAAUAUAUAUACUGGGCUCUUUAAGCCGGUAAAUCCACCAAACAA